UUUUACUUCACUCCACCUUUCAACUGAAGACAGGCUUCAGACCGCGAAUAGGGUGUGGGAGGGAUCUUCCAACCGCCUCUACAAGGCUUGUAAGACUUCAGCUAUCUACAAGCUGGUCUCAGUCUCCAAAGCUGAACGCGUCCCCCCCGCAUCCGCUGUCGAGGUCUCGCAAUGGGUACCCUUACAGCCGAUUGUCCACGUCUGGACUCCCACUGCCCGCACAAAUUGGCAACGUCCUGCCGUCUUACCUCGAUAUCAAAUUGCUGCGCGUGUGCCGACGAGCGUCCUCACUCCCGUACCUACUCAGUCUAUAUCGAUGGCGUCGGUCUCGUCCAACGUGGGACGCGAUGGCAGGGCUACUGCUGGUUCUGCAAAGAAUUCUGGAAUAAUCGCCUCGCCGCUACAUACCCCCCCCUCCACUCCUCCCAGACUCAGAUUCCCUACAUCCCAGACCAGACCGAGUUUCUAGAGCGCUGGUUCGAGUUUCACCAGGGGUACCGGAUCGUGAAGCGUGCAGGCGGUAUUGAGGACCGCAUUGCUGUUGUCGGCGAGCCUUUAAAGGACGUGAGUCCCGGAUUCCUACCGCGAACACUACAUCAAUUGAGGAGUAGGAGGGUCAACGACCACAGGAGAGCCGAAAAUAGGUUCAGGAGAGCACCGCUGGAGUCGGAGGUGGUGAGCGAGGAACCCCCGCACCAGGGCCUUGAGGACGCAUUGGAUAGUCUACUCGAGGACGUCUCGGAUCACGAGCCAGACGGGAGAGAAGUAAGGAGAGACGUACAGGAGCGGGAACGGAACUCAAAUAUGCCCCGCCGCGACUCUACAGGGCUAUCGAGGCCUCUUUCACGCACCGAAAUCCAUCUUCAUCGUGCGCGGGAUCGACUCAUCCGCGUCUUUGGCACCCGAGAACAAAUCGAGCAAGACGACUACCAAUCACCCAUCUCGACUAUGUACAAUCGAGCCUACGACAGAUAUCGACAGGCUGAGGACCGGCGGGCAUCUGGCGAUACUAUUGCGCCAUCUUCCACUGCCUCCCUUUCGCCUCAGGAACGGGAAGAUCUUGAGCAACAAGUCUUGUGGAGUAUUCUUCGAGAUUCGCGAGAGACACUAGCAGAAGGUGAUGCCCCAGUCGGAAACCUCACGCCACAUCCACGCCAGCUUUCCCGAACACUAUCCGAUGCAACCAUCCUGUCAGAAUUCGCAACUCCCCGUGGUGCAUCAGACCUGUCCCUUCCCUCAACUAACGCUUCGCCAAGCUCAUCCAUGACAACAUCCUCCAUGCCAUCUUCAUCCACUUCCUCAUCGAGAUCCGACCUCCAACCUGCCCUCGACCAUCUCACAGCCGAAAUCAACCGCCUCCGCCAAGCCUCCGAAACCGUCGCAUCAAUCCGCCGCGCCAUUGACGCACGUGAUAGGGAACGCGAGCGUGAUCGUCCAGCACUGACGCUCGACAACCAACCAAACCGUCCCCCACCCUUGACGGACGAGGAAAUGACCAAGAACUUGGCUUGCCAGAUCUGCUAUUCCCAGUUAGCAAAUAUCGCAGUUUUGCCCUGCGGACACAUGAUUAUGUGUCAGUAUUGUGCAGACGUGGUGAUUCCGGUUAAGCAUUCGCAUUUGCCCGUUGAGAAGUCCAAGUGUCCGAUGUGCAGGAAGGAAGUCAAGCAGAGGCACAAGAUUCACGUUGGGUGUUAGGGGUGGGAGAGAGCAUUUCAAUUUUAGGGAAGGGGGAUAUCAGAGUCUUUGCAUAGGUCUGCCGGGAAUGGAUGGUGAUCUAUUCUUUAUAGAAUUGAGGAGAAUUUACUGCUUGACGAUAGAAGCUGUAGUAACUUAUAUGGCUUCCCCUGCACGUCACAAUGGGAUUCAAAUCGAGUGCAGACCACUCGAGAAAGGAUAUUGCGAUUCUGACAAACAUAAAGAGUGUAAGUAAGAUUAGGAACAUGGACAAAGAACUACGAAAAAUUG